AUGGCACAGUGGUCGAUUGACCUGGCCUUUCUAUCGGAACCGUACCGUAUCCUCUCCAGAAGCGACUGGAUCGGUGAUGCAGACGCUACGGUCGCUUUGGUCCUCGGACCGAGAAUGUCUCCCCCAUCAUCCGGAAGAACAACUAGAGGAAGGGGCUUUGUGGUCUCCAGACUGGGGGCCCUCACCGUUGUGGGGGUCUAUUUCUCCCCCAACAGGCCCUUAGCCGAAUUCGAAGCCUUCCUGCUUCGGUUGACCGCCUUUAUCAGCGGAGCGCCCGGUCCUGCAAUAGUCGCCGGAGACCUCAACGCGAAAUCUACGCUAUGGGGCUCUCCGGCUACGGACGCAAGAGGCCGCGUGGUCGAGAGUUGGAUGGCCUCCACUGGUCUUAUGGUCGCCAACCGGGGCACUGUCAACACAUGUGUCCGCAGACAGGGAGGGUCCAUCGUUGACGUGACCCUGGUCAGCACCGAUUACGCCCGCCGAAUCACCAACUGGCGGGUGGAGGAGGAAACGGAGACGCUCUCGGACCAUAAGUUCAUUCGCUUCGACGUACGUGCACACGCGUCGGAGCUGGGCCGCACAAUUUCAUCCGCUUCGAAAAAGCGCCGUAGGAGAGGAGCUCCCUCCGACAAGGCUCGGCCGCAUGAGCCUGGAGCCGGUGGUGCCGGGGUUAGUCAGCCCCGGCCCGCCAUGGAGGUGGAGCAGUAG